CUCCGGGGUCAGCGCCGGGGGCAGAGCCGGAGCCGUGAGCGGCGGGUGGUGGCGGCCGCAGAAAGAGGAGGAGGAGGAGCGGGAGCAAAAGCAGCAGAAGGAGCAGCAGCGGCGGAGGUUCCCUCUGCAGCCCGGCUGGGUUCCUGUUCUACACCCACCCCAAUGGUAUCAGAAUGUCUUCUGGACAUCUUGGUGAUAAAAACCAUUAGAAAACAAGACUAGCAUCUGUCAAAUGGGGUUCCCUCUCCAUUUCUUUCUACACAUCUUUCCUUUUGGGGGAGAAGAAGCGAAGAAUAGUAUGAAAAGUGCAAAAUGUUUCAAAUUCCUGUUCAAAACCUUGAUAAUAUAAGGAAGGCUCGAAAAAAGGUGAAGGACAUUCUUGUGGAUCUUGGGCUUGACAGCUGCAGGCAAUUGUUGAAGAAUCUUAAAAGUUUUGAUGCAGGUGAAAACUACUUUUGUAACACUUCAUGGAGUGAUGUCUCUCCUUGGGAGCCUGUGGGCAGACGGAAGAGAUACAGAGCAAAGCCAUACUGCUGUAGCUUAUGCAAGUUCUCGUCCAAAUUGCUUACUUCUUUCAAGAAUCACUUGCAUCGUUAUCAUGAGGAUGAAAUGGACCAAGAGAUGGUGGUUUCUUGUCCAAAAUGUGCGUUUUCUUCUCGUCCCAAAGUAGUGAGAGAACACAUCUGGAUGUUUCAUUCAUCUAAUAAACGAAUACAGAAUUAUACAGUCAGCAUUUUGGAUGGCAUGAAACAAUUUAGGAGUGACAUAAUAAACUUCACAUGUCUAAAAUGUCAAUUCACAGACACCUUGUAUUACAAUAUGAAGAAACAUGUGCUGAUGAACCAUUUUAAAAACUUAUUAAGUGUAUAUUUCGGCGAGAAAUGUGAUGAGAGUACACCAAAUUCAGUUGAGUUCUACUGUAAAAAAUGUAAUGCUCCUGCAAACAGCCCAGAUUCUUUAAUGUACCAUAUCUUGACAGCUGAAACACACAGAGACCUGGAGAACAAACUUCGAUCUCUGAUUUCAGAACAUAUUAAGAAACCUGGAUUUGUGAAACAAAUGUAUAUUGCUCCAAAGCCUGUCCCAGGUGUAGCAAUGGCUGCUCCAUCUGCAGGACCUGCUGCUGUCCCAGCAGGUUCUGUGACAGCUCCAGCUUGCAUCCAGGUUGCAUUUCCACAGAAUAAUCAAAACCAGAGCAUGGUGCAGACACAAGCAGUUCAGAGCACAGUCCGACCAGUGACCGUCCUAAGUGCCUCUGGCAGCCUCUCCCAAACCACCUGUGCUCCUGCUGCUACAUCCUCACACGUCGCUCUUGUACCCAGCAAUCCUCCCUUGGCUCAGAACAACCUUGGUAUUCAGCCGUCACCUUCGCAGCCUGUCAUUGUUUCUCAUGGGCUCCCUCUUCAUCAUUCUGUUGGGACCAUAAGUAGAACUGUGGCCCCUGCGGUUCUUCCUCUUAACCAGCCCAUCAGGCCUGCGCUCCUUCCUGUUAAUCAACCCAUUGGUACUAUAAACAGUCCGGUUCCAGCUGGAACGCUUCCUGCUACUCAACCUGUUGGCUCUGUGAAUCAAUCAGUUGCACCAGGAGUCCUCCCUAUCAAUCAGCCAGUUGCUCCAGGAAUUCUGUCUGUCAGCCAGUCACUUGAGAACAUGAACAGACCCGUCGAUCCCAGGGUUCUUCCUGUGACGCAGACAGUUGGGUCAGGUGUCCUCCAGCUUAACCAGCCUGUUGCCCCUGGGGUGGUUCCUGUCACACAGCCUGUUGGACCUGGGUUCCUUCAGCUUAAUCAACCUGUUGCCCCAGCAGUUAUCCCAGUAAAUCAGCCAGUUCAACCUCCGGUUUCUCAAAGCACAACUUUCGUGGCUUCGGGCUCUAUACUGAGGCACUUGAUUCCCAUUGGCAAGCAGCUUAAUGGGGUACCUGCUUUCACACUGGCCCCCAUCUCGGUUACUUUGCCUGUACCUCCUGGUGGUGGAGUAGCAACUGUGACACCUCCACAGGUGCCUAUCCAGCUCAUGCAGUCGGGGUCAGUGCCUCAGCUGUCCCAGUUACCAACCAAUGCUCCCUCUCCUCCUGUGGUUCUGACCUCUGAGAAUGUAUCCUUACAGGCCUCCCCACCUGCUCCUGAAACAAGCCAGGCUGUCAGACAGGCCAAGCAGUGGAAGACUUGCCCUGUUUGUAAUGAGCUUUUCCCAUCAAAUGUCUAUGAGGUGCACAUGGAGGUGGCCCACAAACCACGUGAAGUAAAAGUAGAAACCUCAGAACCUCACAAACUUGCAGCUUGUGCAUCCUUUCUUAGGAUGACAGCAACAGCGAUCUGGUGUUGCGCUUGUAAAUGUUUUCUCUGUGAGGAAGAGAUUAUGAAGCAUAUCUUCAUGCAUGGCUUAUCUUGCUUGUUUUGCACAGGUACUUUGUUUGACUUAAAAAGUCUCGUGGAGCACGACAAAACUGCACACAAUGGGAUAAGGCAGUUGCAUGCAAGUUACAGCAACAGAGGAAUUCAGUUAGUUAAUGAUGCUCAGGGUGGCCUUGUGUUUCCACACUUUGAUUUCAACACAGUGCUACCGGAUGAAGAUAUGGGUGAAAGAGAAGUACAUUUGGCAGUGUUUGUUGGACUAAGUUCAACAAUUCUUGUCCCUGUUUACAUCAAAGUGAAACCUCAGACAGCACAAGUGAACAGGAGAUGCACCAGAAAAAUGUUUACCUGUCCCUUUUGCUUAGGUACGUUUGCUGGUAGAGAAACCUAUGAAAAGCAUUUAAAAGAGAGGCAUCAUAUAAUGCCAACUGUGCAUACGAUUUUAAACUCUCCUGCUUUCAAGUGUAUCCACUGUUGUGGUGUGUACACUGGAAAUAUGACACUGACAGCUAUUGCAGUACAUUUGCUCCGUUGUAGAAGUGCUCCCAAAGACACCAACUCGAGCCUGAAGAUGCAGCUUGAGCGCACUGAGAGGAAAGAGCUGAUGUUUGUGAAUGGUGAGAAACAUGUUCCUGUGGUACUGAAAAGAAAGCAAUCAGAUUCCUGCUUUGUUGCAGAAGAUCAACGGAAUAAGGAACAGCAGCCUCUGAGCUUAAAUACUGGCAUAGCUCUGUCUCAAGAGAAUGAAGUGAAUUCAGGUGUAGUGCCUUUCAAAAGACAAAAAAUCAGGACUGAGAUGAGGAAGCUUCCUUCUAGUGAGGAUCUCUGCUUUCUAGCGGUUGAUCCUAAUCAGUAUGAUCACAAUUCAUAUGAGGCACAGAAACAGUUUUUGUCAGACUACUUUCACAAGAGGCCAUAUCCUUCUAAAAAAGAGGUGGAAUUACUUUCCUUGCUGCUAUAUGCAUGGAAAAUUGAUGUUAUAUCAUUCUUUGGAAAAAUGAGGAAUACAUGCUUAAAGGCGAUAAAACGUCACAAACCAUCUGUGCUGAUGGGUUUCAGUAUGUCUGAACUAAAAAACAUUAAGCACAGUUUGAAUUUAAAAGAUGGACCAUUGGAUAUGUAACCCAGCCUUUUAUAACAGCUAAAAGCAAUCCAUAAUUGCAUACUUACAAUUUAGCAGUUCCUUAUAUUGUUUGCUUUAAUUUGUAGACUGGCCUGUUGAAGGGUGCAGUAAUACAAAAAGUAUUGUUCACUUGUGUUAUUGUGAAGGGCACACGUAGUUGUGUAUUUUAAAAGCUAAAACCUUAAUAUUUAAACAUGUGGAAAUUGUUUUAGCUUUUUACCUUCCCAGGGGUAGUGUUUUUUUAGUUUGUUUGGUUUUUUGGGGGGGUUUUUUUGGUUUGGUUUGGUUUUGUUCCAGUUCCAUUUCUUUUUCUUCCCCUCCAUUACAUUUUUUAUACCACCAUGUAAAAACUCUUGUGCUUGUUAAAACCAAAUUUUAUUUUAUUUUAUUUCAUUAUAUUUUAUUUUAUUUUCUCUGUGGUGUUAUCUUUUCUGAGUAAUAAAAUGUGUAAUGUUGGUUAAAAUAACAAGGUAAACUAUGUGAAAAAGAUGUAUUUGAUUAUUUGUAUUUUUAAGUCCUGAUAUUUUUGACCUCUCUCUGGUUUAUGUACUGAAGAAGUGAUUGCGACCAUUACAUCCAUUGCCCUUUCAAACUCCCAGUGCACUGGUAGCAGUGAAAUACAUGGCAUGGUGGUUUUUUUUCUCAGUCAGGAUAGCUGUUCCAGUUAAGUCUGGUGAUCUGUAGUUCCACUGAGUAUUAAUAUGGUGAGGACUGAGGGUCUUUUGGGUGCCCAUUGAAGUAUUACAGUGAGCUGACUUGAAAUGGUUGUGUUAUCUGUUAAAUAGAUCUUGCUAACCAGAAGUGUUUAUCCCUUUCAUUUGGUGUUGAACCCUGGUUGUUUACCUAUUGUUCAAACCUUGGCAGCAGCAUUUGUUUAUUGCCUUUUUCGAAAAACCAAGCUGCUUUGGAGAGUGUCAAAUUGCUUUGAUAUGUGGAGUAUAUGACCUCUGUGCUCGUCACUUAUAUGUAGAAGCCAAGUAUCACCCAAAUUUGUUGAAAAAUCUGACAUUUUAAAUUGCUGUUUUAUGAGGUAGUAACUGAGCAGAGCCUACUCCCCAGCAAAUUAGAUCCCCAGCUUGAAGUCCCUUGGGUCAGAAAUGGUACAGACUGAACCUGGAUGGAGUGGUAGCAUCAAGACUUUAAACUGUUGGGUACCUGAGCCAAUGAUAUUCAUGUAGUGAUUGGUUCUUGUUGGCCUACAGAGAGCAUCACAGUAGUAUAAAACCCAAACAGACUUACCUUGAGUAUGGACCAACAUCUCUGUUGCAGAUUACAGAAAAGCUGUUGGGAACGUUCACUUGAGUUGAAGCACAAGCUGGUGGCCACAUCGGGGUUUCAGUUUAUUGAGUACUGUCCUUUUUGGAUAUCCUUGUUUUUGUCUGGCUUGUCAGAGACUGCCUCCAAUAUCAACAGCCAGUUAAAGAAUAAAUAACCUGUAAGAAGCAUUGGUUUUAUUUCCUCCUCUUCAUCCUGCUCUCCCCACCCUCCUUUCUAAGAAGAAAAAAAUAGAGUUCACUUGUGCCAGUGUUAGAAGGAAAGGGUAAUAUGCCCAAGCUUAUUUCUAUUUUUUAAGGUAGUGUGUUGACUUUUGCCCUGUCCUAUAAUUUUUAAAGCAGAUACAGAAUGUUUUAUUGCUGUUCCUGAAAGGGCGUCAUGUUUUUAGCAGAAUUUGGCGACUUCCUGACUGAGGUUCUACAAGGUGUUUGGAGUUAUAUUUUGGAUAAAAUCUUAGUAUUUUCUUAUUGAUUGCCUCAAAGAGUUUUAAGGUAUAUGUAACAUACAGUUACUUAAAGAGAACAUGCUAUUUGGAAAAACCUAGUAAUUUAAUAGCAGUGUUAAACAAGCAUAAACUAUAUGGGAUCAGUAAUCACCCCAGAAUAAUUAAGAAACUCUGUGUUCUUAUAGCCUCAUAGCUUGUUAAAAAUUAAAAAAAUAAAAUAUACUUGGCCAUAGCACACAGUUCAUGAAACCUUCAGAGGGCUUUGGGGAAGAGGGAUGCUCUCUAGAAGUCCUGAAAUGGAGGUAUUUACUCUUGCUCUUACAGCCUCUCCCCUGUGAGCCCUGUCAUCUUUAGGGCAGUACUGCUGGUACUGGUGAGACUCCAGCUUGGGGGUGUUUGGCAGUGUGCAUCUGGGGAAGGCUUGCCGUGAAUGGGGAAGGAUUGUAGAGAGAACAGUGUGGCUGUGGGGAGCUGGGAUGUAACUUCAUGGUUCAUCUGUGGUUGGGGGACCAGGGGAACAAUUCAGUCUUACCAGAGUUUUCCUACAGGGUCCAGUGUUGAUGUUAAACAUUUUAUUUAUUGGAUUUUGAUUUCAUAUUUUAAAAUAAAACCAGAUUCUUAACUUUC